CCGCCGUCUCUCCCUCUCUCUCUCUCUUUCCCAAAUGUUCCAUUGAUGCGUUUCUUCUUCUUCAACCAAAUCAAGAGCCAAGCAACGUCUCUCCCCAAGCUCGUAUCGUCGCCCGACUCGCUCCUCCGCCGAUUCUCCCGCAACGACUCGGUCCGAUCCUGCUGUGUCGACUCAGCCCGGAGAUCGCCGCCGGAAUCAAUGGCAAUACCUCUUCCGAAGUCGGCCAUCUCCACCAUAGACAACGAGGUCGGCCUCGCCCGGCGGUUCUGGAUCAAGUUCCGCAGAGAAUCGGUUUUCGCCAUGUACACUCCAUUCUCCGUCUCUUUGGCUGCCGGAAACCUCAAGAUUGAAACUUUCCGGCAUUAUGUCUCCCAGGAUUUUCACUUUCUCAAGGCCUUCGCUCAAGCAUAUGAAUCAGCUGAAGAGUGUGCAGAUGAUGAUGAUGCAAAGCUUGCAAUUUCUGAAUUGAGGAGCGCCAUUUUGGACGAGUUGAAAAUGCACGAUUCUUUUGUACAGGAAUGGGGUGCAGACCUUGCUAAAGAGGGCUCUGUCAACUCUGCCACGUUGAAGUACACAGAUUUCUUAUUGGCAACAGCUUCUGGGAAGGUUGAAGGAGUAAAAGCUCCUGGUAAACUUGCUACUCCGUUUGAGAGAACUAAAAUUGCUGCAUACACGCUUGGUGCCAUGACUCCUUGUAUGAGGCUGUAUGCUUUUCUGGGUAAGGAGUUUCAGGCACUUCUGGAUAACAACGGAGAGGGCCACCCAUAUCAGAAGUGGAUUGACAAUUAUUCAUCUGAAAGUUUUCAGGCAUCAGCUGUGCAAACUGAAGAGUUGCUCGAUAAACUAAGUGUCUCUUUGACAGGCGAGGAACUUGACGUUAUUGAAAAGCUAUAUCAUCAAGCAAUGAAACUUGAAAUAGAAUUCUUCGCAUCGCAGCCACUUGAUCAGCCAACUGUAGUUCCUCUGACAAAAGAGCAUAAUCCUGCAGAAGAUCGGCUUAUGAUAUUUUCUGAUUUUGAUUUGACUUGCACCGUUGUCGAUUCAUCUGCCAUUUUAGCAGAAAUAGCUAUAGUAACAGCACCAAAAUCUGAUCAGAAUCAACAACCUGAAAGUCAAAUUGCUCGUAUGUCAUCUGCUGACCUCCGGAGUACUUGGGGCCUUCUUUCCAGCCAGUACACAGAAGAGCAUGAGCAAUGCAUAGAAAGCAUUAUGCCUAGUGAACAAGUGGAGUUUAACUAUGAACAGUUGCACAACGCACUGGAACAACUUUCAGAUUUUGAGAAAAGGGCGAAUGAUAGAGUGAUAGAGUCUGGGGUGCUCAAAGGUCUAAAUCUCGAAGACAUAAAAAAAGCUGGUGAACGUCUCAUUCUUCACGAUGGCUGUACCGCUUUCUUUGAGAAUGUUGUUAAGAAUGAAAAUCUGAAUGCAAAUGUUCAUGUCCUUUCAUACUGUUGGUGUGGUGACCUCAUCAGGUCAGCUUUUUCAUCAGGAGGUUUGAAUGAGCUGAAUGUACAUGCAAAUGAGUUCACCUUUGAAGAAUCCAUUUCCACAGGUGAAAUUGUUAAGAAAGUAGAGUCUCCCAUUGAUAAGGUUCGAGCUUUCAACGAUAUUUUAGCAAAUUGCAGCAAAGACCGAAAGAACUUGACUGUUUACAUUGGAGACUCAGUGGGCGACUUGCUUUGCCUGCUUGAGGCAGAUGUAGGAAUUGUAGUUGGGUCGAGUUCAAGCCUUAGGAGAGUGGGGGCGCAAUUUGGCGUUUCAUUUAUUCCACUGUAUCCUGGCGUAGUUAAGAAACAGAAAGAAUACAUUGAAGGAAGCUCUCCUAAUCGGAAGGGAAAAACCGGUAUUCUUUACACAGUCUCUUGUUGGGCCGAAAUACAUGCCUUCAUUUUGGGUUGGUAGAAUCAUAUUUUUUUCAUUCUUACGCACUCUACUUUGUGCUUGGACAAAUGAAAAGAACCAAACAUAUAAAAUGUCCAAAAAAAAAAAAAAAGGAAAAAAAAUUCAAAUUGGUGGUCGAUUUUAUUAAGGGCCACAAAUUUGCUGCUGUCUUCCCUUUCUUUUUGUUUCACUUUCUACAGGGUGAAUCCAUUCAAAGAUGUGAUCUUGGUCCUUAGGCAUGCUGUAAACAUGGUACUUGGAAUUUCCUCUCAUGUAUUCCUUGCCCAUUUUUCUUGCUCUAUUAUUAACUUUGUCGAGUUGUGCUUUUUCAGGCAUGUAAGGUUUCAGGCACAUGAUUUUAAACAGAGAUUGUUAUUGUCAAGUUGUCCAUACAAACAUUUGAAGUACUGUAUCCGUAUUUUCUGUAGGCUCGUAUUGUUUUAGUAUUCGGAGGAGUGACUUGUCCAGCAGACAUUUUCUGUAAUGUUAGUGAGAUUCCUGCUCUAUUAUUGAAAAAAGCAGAUGCAAAGUUAGUCAUCAAUCAUGUUUCGAUGGAUGGUUGUAGCUUUCUCUACUAUUAAUUGCAAUUUUUGCUUUGCUUUGA